AUGGCUUCAGAUCCCAAAAUUCUGCCCCAGAAGGGCGCGCGCAAUAUCCUCGUGACGAGUGCAUUGCCAUAUGUCAAUAACGUGCCUCAUUUGGGCAACAUUGUCGGUUCCGUGCUGAGUGCCGAUGUUUUCGCGAGAUACCACAAGGCUUGCGGACGACCGACUCUCUAUAUCUGUGGUACCGAUGAAUACGGAACUGCGACAGAAACAAAGGCCCUCGAAGAGAAGGUGACGCCGGAGGAACUGUGUGCCAAAUACAACAAGAUUCACCAGGAAGUCUACGAAUGGUUUGAGAUUGGAUUCGAUCACUUUGGCCGGACCCCGACACAAAAACACACCGAGAUUUCGCAGACGAUUUUCAAGAGGCUCUAUGAGAACGGGUAUCUCGCGGAGAAGACGGCAGAGCAACCGUUCUGUGAAGCGCACGGCUCGUUCUUGGCUGAUCGAUAUGUGGAGGGAGAGUGCCCGCGAUGCCAUUAUGAUGACGCCCGUGGUGACCAAUGCGACAAGUGUGGUCAUCUGUUGGAUCCAUUUGAUCUCAUCAACCCCCACUGCAAGCUCGACGGUGCCACCCCCGUCCGCCGCGAGACCAAGCACAUCCAUCUCCUUUUGGACAAGCUGCAGCCGCAGAUCGAGGAAUGGUCUCGCAACGCUAUUGACAAGGGCGACUGGCCCAAGAAUUCCCGGGUGAUCACUGAGUCAUGGUUGAAGGAAGGCUUGAAGGACCGUGGAAUUACAAGAGAUCUUAAGUGGGGUGUGCCCGUUCCCCUUGAUGGAUUUGAGAACAAGGUGCUCUAUGUGUGGUUCGAGGCCUGUAUUGGCUAUCUUUCGAUCACGGCCAACUACACGACGGACUGGGAACAAUGGUGGCGUAACCCGGAAGAGGUGCAGUUGUACCAGUUCCUGGGCAAGGACAACGUGCCUUUCCACAGUGUCAUCUUCCCCGGUACGCAGCUGGGAACCACGGACAAGUGGACUAUGCUGCACCACUUGAGCACGACUGAGUAUCUGAACUACGAGAACGGCAAGUUCAGUAAGUCGCGCGGAAUCGGUGUUUUUGGCAACAACGCCAGGGAAAUUGGUGUUUCCCCCGACGUGUGGCGGUAUUUCCUGCUGAAAAACCGUCCCGAGACCGGUGACACUCAGUUCGAAUGGCGUGCGUUCGUGGACAGCAACAACAGUGAACUGCUGGCCAAGCUGGGUAACCUGGUCAACCGGGUAAUCAAGCUGGUCACUGCCUCGUACGGCUCGACUAUUCCCGAUUUCACCGUCCCCGAAAGCUUCCAGCCGAACCUGGACGAGGUCACCGGCCUGCUCCGCCAGUACAUCGAGGAGAUGGAGAGCGUGCACCUCCGCGCCGGUGUGCAGACAGCCAUGAGGAUCGCCGAAGCCGGCAACGGCCUGAUCCAGGCUAACCGUCUGGACAACUCUCUCAUCGCCAACGAGCCCGGGCGGGCCGCCGCUGUUGUUGGUACCGUGCUCAACCUCAUCUACCUCCUCGCCAGUGUGUUCGCGCCCUACCUCCCCGCGACCUCCAAGUCUAUCAACGAGCAACUGGACGCCCCCUUCGCUUACAUCCCCACGCUGGAGGACAUCAAGGACGGUUGGAAGCCCACUGCCUUGAAGCCCGGCCACAAGAUCGGCAAGGCCCAGUACCUGUUCUCGCGCAUUGACUCGAAGAAGGCCGACGAAUGGCGAGAGAAGUUCGGCGGUUCCCAGGCCGAGCGUCAGAAGAAGGAGGAAGACGCCGCCAAGGCUGCCGCGAAGAAGGCCGCCAGCAAGGCCAAGAAGAAGGAGAAGAAGGCCGGCAAGCCUGCUGAUGCUGCUGCUCCUGCGGGUGGUGUCGAGGCUUCUGCCAAGGGAGGUGCAGAGGCAACUACUGCUACCACUGAGGGCAAGAAUGACGAAGCUGUUGAGAAGGUCACCGAUGGUGUGUCGCAGGUUACGAUUCCGACAUCAUGA